CGCGCGGCAGCAAUCCCUGUCUCUGAAUCUCUAUAUUUUCCUUCCAGUGUCCUGAUUCUUUAAACCUCUUAUAAUGAAAUCCAGACGGCACUCUUUAAGAAAAUCCCCACAGACUCCUGAUGCUACUGGCUCAGAGAUGUACCACUGCUCAGAUUGUGGGGAGAGUUUUACUGAAAGUCAUCAUUUCAAAGAUCACAAGUGGAUCCACACAGUGGAGAAGCCAUUUUACUGUGGACAGUGUGGGAAGAGUUUUACUCACCUAUAUGAUCUCCAGCGACACGAGCGCAUUCACACUGGACAGAAGCCGUAUCACUGUGGACAGUGUGAGAAGAGUUUUACUUUUCAGAGUAAUCUCCAACAGCAUGAGCUCAUUCACACAGGAGAGAAGCCGUAUUACUGCUCCCAGUGUGGGAAGAGUUUUGCUCGUAAGAGUAAUCUCCAACGACAUGAGCGCAUUCACACAGAGGAAAAGCCAUAUUACUGCUCCCAGUGUGGGAAGAGUUUUACUUGUAACAAUAAUCUCCAGCAACACAAAUACAUUCACACAGGAGAGAAGCCGUAUUACUGCUCCCAGUGUGGGAAGAGUUUUACUUUUCAGAGUAAUCUCCAACGACAUGAGCGCAUUCACACAGGAGAGAAGCCAUAUCACUGCACACAGUGUGGGAAAAGUUUUAGCCAACUAUAUACUCUCCAACAACACAAGUACAUUCACACAGGAGAGAAGCUGUAUCACUGUGGACAGUGUGGGAAGAGCUUUACUUGCCAGUUUUAUCUCCAACGACAUGAGCGCAUUCACACAGGAGAGAAGCUGUAUCACUGUGGACAGUGUGGGAAGAGCUUUACUUGCCAGCGUUAUCUCCAACAGCAUGAGCGCAUUCACACAGGAGAGAAGCUGUAUUACUGUUCUCAGUGUGGGAAGAGUUUUCGUGACCAGAGCAGGCUCCACAGCCACCAGCAGAGUCAUACAGGACAGAAGCCGUACCUCUGUGGACAUUGUGGGCGGAGCUAUACUCAUUCAAGUUCAUUAAGGAGACAUAAGUGCUCUAAUAUAAAGCCAUCAGAUUUAGCCAUGUGAAUUUAUCAAAUUAAGAUACAUAUUUUACAUUUUAUUUUUUAAAGUGAGGUCAAGAGACAUUCAGACAUUAAACUUUAAUAUUAUUUUAUUUGUAAUGGACUGUAGUAUUCUGUGGCAUGGGCUUUUAUUGCUUACUCUUUGGGUUUUAGUGAAAUUCAUGAUUUUAUUUUGUUUUCCUGUUUUUCCCAAAACGCUCCAAUACCAAGGAUGGAAUACAUAUAUUUAACCAGUGGUAAUGACCACUUUAAUCAUCCAAUCCAGACCUCUGAGUUAGACACAUGACUCUAACUUCUCCCUCUAACAUAAGACUUUCAUUUAAAAUGAUUUUUAAAUGCAAGCUAAUGUUGUAUAUGUUAGUCGUUAUAUCAUACACUUUCUGUCAAACUGUCAGUCAAAGUAGUGUGUGCGGAUUUAUGGCCUUUUGUGCUUCCCUGGCCGACGUUUCUGAAGGUAACAUAAUUUAUGACCGGGGUGGGGGGGUAACCCUAUCGACUGCAUCAGUGGGUCAUUCUGGCCCCUGUGUGUCUGGGCAGUGGUGGAGAGGGGUGUGUGGGGGAGUAGCCCCGCAACAAAGGUGUUUAUGUUAAUGAGUCUGGGUUUUUUUUUUUUUUUUUGGGGGGGUGGGGAGGGCUAAAUACGUCUGAAAAGCGUAUCAAUGGUUAAUAUUGGGUUUGUUACUGUGUGGGGGUAUUUAGUUUGUGUAACCACAUUGUUAGAAAAAGCAUGAUGUUUGAAUGUGUACAUAUAUGUGUAGAAUAUUUGUUUGUGAAAUAAAUGAAAACAAAUGUUGA